AGAAACAAAUUAAACCUCACCGACGGAUUCAAUUCUCUCGUUCUCAGGCCGUCUUCAUCGCCGGAGCGUUUUCUUACGGUCAGCAGUUUCAAGGUUUAUGAUUCCUGCGUAAUUUAUUGCAUAGCUUAAAAUUGGGAUUGUGUAUUCUCUGUUUCUGUACCAAGCUUAGCUUAAUCGAAAAGAAUGGGCUUCUGGACAUUGUUAAAAGGUCUGCUGCUCUUUGCAAAUGCACUGGCAAUCCUCAACGAAGACCGUUUCCUUGUUCCAAGAGGAUGGACACUCGGAGAACUCCACCAAACCGAUAGAAGAAACUCUCCCAAAGGCCAAAUCAUUGGUCUGAUCCAUGCCUGCCAGUACAUGAGGCUACCCCUCAUGCUCAUUAACACAGCAGUCAUCGUCUUGAAGCUUAUCUCCGGUUGAAGAUUUUGUGUAGAUGAAGAUAAACUACAUUGCGUUCUUCAAAUGAUUGUGAUUAGUUACAAAUCUAUUUUGUGUAGGAGUUGGAAUUUGUUUUUGUCAUCCCUCGCACUCAAGUUUGGUGUGCAUUCUACAACAUUCUUCUCAUAUUUUUACAUGCCAAAUCAAACUAAAAUGCCAAAUGGUAACAAGGUUGCAAGCU